UCUUCCAAGCUCAGUGUCGAGCAACACGCACCGCGCGGCGGAUCGCCGGAUCCUGCAAUUCCGGAGAAACACAUCAGAAAGCUAUACCACUUUAUCCUACAUAUUGCGAAAAGAAGUAAACGCGAAAAAUCAGCUAAUUUACGGCAAUAUAAACGUUCUUAGCGAGAAUUGAGAAUCCAGAUAAAGGAAAUAUAGCAAUUCGUCGAACAAUAUUCGCUCGCCGUACAGUCGGCCGAAACAAAAGCUCGAAUCUCGGUGCAGACGAACAGAGAGAGACUAUAAUAUAAUAUCGCGAGUGAGUGUGUGUAUAUGUGCGGUCGCCUACGCCGUCGAGCAAAAUAUCGACACGAUCGAGUACGCAGGCAUAAUACAGCGAGUGAGAGAGAGAGAGAGAAAGGGACGUCGCACGCGCAGUUUAUCGCAGAUAUAUAGACUGCAUCAGGCUCGUCCCUCGGGGUCCUUGACAAGGAGAGAGAGAGAGAGAGAGCCGAGCGCGAUAUAUAUGCACGUACGCAUCCGCACUCACGCAGUCGCUGCGGGUGCGAGCGAACUCCGGAAAGGGCCGUAGUACACAUGGCUGCUGUCUGAGUGCGAGUGUACCGAGGGCUUCGCGCACACGCAGUCGAGGUCAUUUAUGUACAAGUGUACACACAUAUAUAGAGCUCUAUUCGAGUUCGCGCAUCAGCAGUCUCCUCUGCGCGAAUUGCUCCGCAGUGCGUCCUCGGAGGAAGAGGGAAUAGCAUGUUCGAGGAGGCAAAGGGCAUAGCCGAUAACGGAGAGCCGCCGAGAAGUAGGGGAAACAUCGACUCUUGGAGAUGCGUUGCUUAGGCUCCGGAUAGAGAGCUGUCGACGACGUCUCUCUCUCUAAGCGCUCUGUUGUUGUGCCGCCGUAUAAUAUACGUUCGAGUUACGUCUGCACGAAAGAGCGACGAGGACAGAUUCUCACCGGAAGAGAGUAGGGGGAUAAGACGAUCUAUAUACACACACACGUAUACAGUGCGCGCUGCUCUUGCUGUCAGAGCUCUGCAGAGUUGUGUCUACGAUUGUUUUUUCCUUUUUUUUUUGUUUGGUUAGAGUCUCCCACACCGCGACAGAUACAUCGUACGUGUAUAUUGUAACAAAAGAGAUACAUCGAAGUGUGUUGCUAGUGCUUUUCAUCAUCGAAUUACUACUUGGGGGGCAUCAGACUGUACAUAGCUGUGUGUAGUAGUCUCCGCGCCUACAUAACCUCACCUCGGCUGGCGAGUCGGGCUCUACUCGCGGAUGUGGAGCUGGUGAGAGCCGGCGUCGUCCACCUCUUGGUCGACUUUGUGAGACGAGUGUUCGCUGAACACACAGAAGGAGGAAGAUCAAGUGCAGCGCUUUUCGUUCAGCGAAGAGGACGUAAAAAGCACAGCCAAGAUGACGGCGAUGCUGGUCUUCGUCGCGGAGCUCUCCUCCAACAUCUUCUCCGUCCUCGCAGUGCUCAUCUGCUUCUGCGGAGUUUUCCUCUUCAUCAUGAGGAACAUGAUGGUACUGCGGGUCCACGGGGACGACCUGAUGUUCGGCGGUACGAGCGGAGUGAUGGCCCACUCGCCGCGCAUACCACAGAUGAAAAUGAUGAAGGUCCACAUACCCUUCACCUUCAAGCUUCACGAGAGCUUUAAAAGCACUUAUGCCGAGGUGGAGUGCGAGGUAUCCAGCCAGGUUGAGUACUCGCUGCAGGCGAUCUGGGGCGUCAGCAUCCGAGAGCUUCAUCUGGCGCUUUGGAAGCCCUGGAGCGCUUUGAGGGACGCCUCGCUCAAUGGCACUCUGCUCCAGGGACAUGCGCAGUACUUCACGCCCCCUCAAGCUAGACAGCCGCACGGCGAAGAAACACUGAGACUGUCAUUACCGGCACCCGAGCUGGAGCUUGGAACACCGCCGAGACUAUGCUACCCUCUGGUCAUCUUCCUGACGCGCAGAGACACCCGCGAGCUUCAUCCGGACGAGACGGUUGCGCUGGUGAAUGUCGUUCACAUUAAGGAUAGCGUCUGCACGCUGCCGACCUCGAUUCUCGCCCAGUAUCUGAAACAGGCUAACGGACAGUUGUCCUGUCUCAAGCAACUCUACCUGGCCACGGGCAACUCGACGAACUACGACGAGAUGGGCGUCUCCUCAGGCCUGGGACCAGCUCUGGCCUUGGCGGAGCCCUGUCCGAACAACGGCGGCAACAGCCGGGACGCCCUGGUCGCUUCCGCAGCCGGUGACAACGAGGGCUCGCUCUGGAGCAGCGCCGGUGAGCAGCUCUGCGUCGUCUGCCAGUACUUCCCGCUGUCCCGAGCUCUGCUGCCCUGUCGACACACCUGCAUCUGCGCCUCUUGCUUCGGCAAGCUCGACCGCUGUCCCAUGUGCCGCAGUCCCAUCAAGAGCUACUUCUGCAUCCGAGGCGAGGAGUACAUGCCGCCGGAGACGGAGCUGAACCCUUGCAAGCAGCGCAGACCAGGUGGGCAGCAGCAACACGGUACUGGGCCGUCGCACUGGCUGCACGACUGGAACGAUCGGCUCACCGAUUUCCUCGGUUUCACUCGGUAGACGCGAGAUCGAUUUUGUAUUGGCUUUCGUCCUCCUCUCCGGAGACGAGUCUGUCGAUUUUUUUAUCUCUAUCUCGACGUCUUCGGCUCGACGGACGGACUCGUUGAUUGUCUCUGUAAUCUCUCUCUGUGUCCGACUAAUUGUGACUGGAGAAACUUGUCGUAAACCUUGAUUGAAUCGACCGAUUUGACUUUGAAACUACGAAAAUUGUCUUUCUGUUUUCUGAGCAAACAUUUGUUCUUUGACUCUUUGCGAAAACAAGAAGCAUUACGGCGUCGAUACAUUAUAGACGCCGAUGCUGGCUAUAUAUUAUUGUAUCCGUACCACUGACUUCGAUUGAUUAUCCUUAUAAUUCUUAUUGACUUUGGCUCGUGUCGUUUGUUCACUUUAUUUUUUACAAAUCGUCACAGACUGGGACUUGCCAAUGCCAUUCCUCCUUCGUAAGGACUCGUCAAAGUGGUGAUUGACAAGACUUUUGUUUUUAAUUACUACAUUCUUUUUUAGAAUUUGUAUAAGUGAGUGUAUAACCGUCCGUGAAGUAUUUCAACGAAAGAGCGAAAUCCAACUUUUGUUUGUUUUUUUUUUUGCCUCGAAUGCGAAAAAUGCCGAUCACUCUCGUUUAUAGGAUUUCGUUUCGGUAUAAAUUAUUUUUCGAUUGCGCAUAAUCGUGCGGGAGUAUAAUUGAACAAUCGACAAAUGAGAACGCAAGUGUAACGUAGCUGCUCCAUCAUCCGAUAUACUUUGAAAUCUUCUUUGGAUUGACUAUUUUAUUCAUCGAUAUUAUUCGUAACGUUUUUUAAUAGCGAAAGAAUAUGUCACAAGUCCAUGUUUUAUCGUGCAUGUGAAAACCAAGGAAAAACAAAACGACAACAAAAAAACUAAGACUACGCUGCGAGCAGUUAAACGCGUAUUUGAUUCCAGGUGCCAAAUUAAAUUCUCAGGAUCGGUACGUUGCUCCCUUCGACGAGCGGAGAACACGGUAACACUGUAAAUAGAUCACCUGUAGCGUUUUUCUUUUUUAUUUAGCAAGUAGAUUGUCGAUGAAAGUAUAUAGAUAUAUAUUUACAAGCUAGAACAAUGCUCGCAGCCGUAUAUUAACUUUUUAACCAAACAGAUGAACGUAGAACGUUUUGAUUUCAUAUUUAUUCAAUAUAACGAUUCUUACUUUUAACUUUGCACUUGGAAAAGAGACAUUACUCAUUCGAUAUGUAAUAACGCGUAUUUGAAGCCGUCAUUCUUAAGAGAUUAAACUGCAUUUAAGAAAAAAAAUAAGGAGCACGAAUCGUUUAAUAACUGGUUUCUGAGAGGCCAUUUUAUAUAGUCUUUACAUCUCGGAUCACAGUAGUUUAAUGAAUUAAUAGAUUGAGCGAUCAAAUACAAUCACUUAAAUUACACCUACGUUUACGCUAAAUACAGAUAACAAAAAUUAUCAUAUAAACCUCGUUGCAUGUACUUUCUCGAGUAUUUUUACUCUCCCAAGCCAAGUCUUGAGAGCUUUUAUGCUUACGAAGGUACUCUAACAUUUGAACUUUCUUCUUCUUCACUCCUUCUUCUUCUUCUUCUUCUUCUUCGAUCUCGUUGAUUAUGAGAACGUAGGAACGUAAGUCUAUCAAGAAAAAAAAACAUGAGGUAACGUAGAAUCUAACUUAAGAUAAAGAAGGAAACUCUAAAGAUAAGUUGUAAAUACACAGUCUGUGAUAAUCCUGAUAAUAUCUGUAUAGUUGUGGAUUGUGCUCGGAUGGAAGGUGCUUCGGUCGAGAUAUACUUUACGAUCGAGAGCAGUAAUUUAAUUAUAAAACUUGCGUGCUGAAAGAUCGAAUGAAAUAAAGUGUCGAAACUUAUUAAACUAGCCUUAUUCGUAAUCUCCAGUAAUGUUUGCUAAGUUUUAUUACUUGAGUAGCGAAAAUGUCUCAGCAAGCCAUAGUAAUUUUGGCAAAAUUGUAUAUAAUUAUACAUUCGAUGUAGCAGCUAAGGCCUAUGAAGUCAAUGUAUUUUAGUAGAACGAAUUUAAUUACCAAGUUAUUAAUUUAUGCAAUAAGCAUAAUAUUCCAGUGAUGCGAAAAUACACAGUAUCCGUAUGCAAGGACUUGUACAUAAUUUAUUUAAUAAAGAGUGUC